CGUCCCUUUCGUCUGCCGCGUUUCGCCAUAUUGGACGGGAAAUUUUUGAUCGAGUUGUUGGUACCUACGUGACUUCAACAAAGCGACAUGUUCCGAUCAGGUUUGGCUCGCACCGCUUCCUUCGCCCGCAAUUUGGCAGUACCCAACAACUGCAAAUGCAUUGCCGGCGUACGCUUUAUGUCGAAGCACUCCACCGAGUCGGACGUUGAAUUUGAUGCCCGUUAUGAAUCCUUCUUCAACCGCAAAGAUAUCGACGGUUGGGAGUGCAGAAAGGCCAUGAACGAUUUGAGCGGAAUGGAUCUUGUUCCUGAGCCCAGGAUUGUUGUUGCCGCCCUCAAUGCUUGCCGCAGGCUCAAUGAUAUUGCCCUGGCCAUUAGGUUCUUGGAAACGGUAAAGGACAAAUGUGGAAAUAAAAAAGAAAUUUAUCCAUACAUUCUGCAGGAAAUCCGCCCAACACUAGACCAACUUGGAUUGAGCACACCUGAAGAGUUGGGAUAUGACAAACCUGAAUUGGCACUAAAAUCAGUAUAUGAAAUGUGAAGUGCUACUAUUGAAGUCCAUCAUCUAUGUGAGAGCUCCAUGAGUUGGUAUAGUCCAGCAUUUAGUAAAAUGUAUGAACUUGAGAUUUACUGGUGACAUUAAAUGUACAGAGUGGAAUUAACAUUAAAACACCUAUCUCAGUUA